GUGUGUGUGUGUGUGUUGCAGGGGUGCGCGAGGCCCUGGCGGAGGACAGCUGCUCGCGCGCCGCGGGCAGCCGCUGCGACCACCGCUGCGGUCGCGACCGCGACCCCGUGUGCGGCACCGACGGCCGCACCUACCUCAACCGCUGCAUGCUGCAGGUCGAGGUCUGCAGAGUUGGUAUCGCGCUGUCGCAUCUCGGGCCAUGCAACAACAUCUCCGCGCAUCGGGAGAACUGCCCGGUAUCGUGCGACCAGGCGCCGAUAGAUGGUCCUAUCUGCGGAUCGGACGGCAACGUGUAUAAGAACACUUGCCAAAUGAAACUGCUCACGUGCGGGCAGGGCGUGGUGCGCACCAGCAAGAAGUACUGCCAGACGACGCGCCACUGCCGCGAGUCGUGCUGGCGCGUGGCCAAGCCCACGUGCGGCUCCGACGGCAAGAUCUACAGCAACGCGUGCCGCAUGCGCGCCAAGAACUGCGGCAAGCACGUGUUCGAGGUGCCCAUGUCGUUCUGCGUGUCGCACGAGCGCGUCGCGUCGGGCUGCCCGGUCGCGUGCGACGGCGAGCCCGAGAAGCUCACCUGCGGCUCCGACGGCCUCGUCUACAGCAACGAGUGCGAGCUGGCGCUGCUCAACUGCGGGUGA